AUGUCCACUUCUACAACUUUUUCAAACCGCUCCUCUUUGGUCGAAAACUGGGAUACCGAGACUCUCAUUAUUUUCUUACGCAACCUGAACAUAAAUCUUGAUGAGGACGAUUUCAAGAUCCUUCGUAAGCAGAAAAUAGAUGGCCAAACCUUCCCAGAUAUGACCGAAAGAAAGUUCAUGAAGGAUGGUAUAAAGCGUGGACCUGCUAUGAAGCUUGAAAAACAAGCUAAGAUAUUAAAAGAGAAAACAAGAGCCCUCGAAAAAGGAAAAAUCGAAUACUUUGGCUCUUUCCAUGUGGAGAUCCUUGAAGUUGUUAGAAAUCUCUUACUUAAGAAGAAGGUUAGUGGAAAAAAAGGUCGCAAACCUUUAGCCGAUACUUCUAACCUGCAAGAAGAGAUAAUAGAAAAGCCAGCCUCCUCAAAGUCAGAUUCAUUAGUUUCUUCCGCCCCUGUUGCUAAAAAACGAAGUAUUAGCAAAGUUUUGGAUGCUCCUGCAGAUAUCCCAUUUCGGAAUGAUGGAUCUGUAGAUAUUUUGGAGAUUUUAAAGACCGCAGUACGUGAUUUCGACCAAGGCAUAAUUGCACUAGGAUCCUCCCGCUCAUACAAAAGUUCCAAUCAUUUGUAUGUAAAUUCCGAGCACUAUAUCAAAGUUCCAAGGGAAAGUACAUACGAUGCUGAAAUGUACCGAGUUCUAGUAAAUUGGUUAAGAAAGAUCCAUGGAUAUGAGAUCACCGGCCAGUGGCAUCUCGAAAAAGUUUGUGAUGACGGAGAGUACCAUCACCUUUAUUGCGACCUAACCAUAAAAAAGCCCGAUAGUCCUCAUCUGGAAGCUCUUCUUGAACUAUUGGCAACGGCAUCAAUUUCGAAAUUGGAUGGGCAUUUUGAGCAAGUAUUUAAGUACGAAGAGCAACUCCAACCCCGAGAAAUUUGGAUCGUACACUUCUCCCGUGAAGAUUUUAUCGUAACCAAUCCAUAUUGGCCAUGUGAAAAGCUCCAGGAGAGGGGGUUAAAUGUCGUCCAUUUCUGGCAUGAUAGGGAGUUUAAAAAUGUGAGGAUGAGUGCAAGAUUUCGUGAUGUUACUGGCAAGUUCCGUGAAAUUAUAGAUGAGCUUAUUCUUUAG